AUGCAACAACUGCGAAUAUUUCUAAUAAUUCUUGGUUUGACAUUAACUAGUGUCAUCUAUGGACAAUGGGAUCCACAGUUGUGUCCGGAUGGGCCUACUCCUAUCCCUGACCCUAAAUGGAGACGUAUUCCAUAUCUAUUUGAAAUUAUGACAGAAUUGAUCUCAGGUAAUGAAUUGAUGGAACUUUCACAAGCAUUUUCAACAGUUCGAGAUGCUGUUAUGUUAAAUUCAAGAAAUGGGCCAGUACAAUUCUACUGGUAUUUCGACACUAAUGAACAAUUUGAAGUUCUAACUGCUAUUAUUAAUCAACAGCCAAUACCGGUAUGUUUUCGACAAGUUAUUGGAACUACAUCAGAAACUAGUGUGAUUCAAGCAAAUACACUUUUCUUGAAACCAUCAGUUUUACUUGGUUAUGAUAAUCGUAACCAAAUAAAUCCAUCUUGGGGUAAUCAAUACAUUGGCGAUGAAAUUCUACGUGGUAUUCCUACGAAUAAAUUCAAAUCAUGUUUUUAUGUACCUGAUAUUAGCGCAACUGUAUCUGCAACAUAUUAUAUAUCUGAUGCAACAAAAUUUCAAGCUUAUUUACCAGCAAAUGGAAGUAUUAUAUUAAAAAUAGAUGUUCAAAUUAGAGCUCAAAAUGGUCGUCAAGAGAUAUAUACAUAUAAUGUCUUUCGUUAUACACCAUAUCCUAGUCGUCGAGAACAACGGCAAGCAUUAGAAACUCCAGAAGGUGUAUAUUGUCCAAAUCGAACAUCUACAUUAGUCGUGCCACAAAAUAUUCCUGAGAGAGUUAGCUCGAAUUCUGAAGCAUUAAUAACACAAUUGAAUAACUCAAUUCUUAGUACACAUGGUCUCUAUGAUACUCAAUUUCAAUUUAGUCGUUUUGAUAUUUGGUAUCCUGAUCCAAUCGGUGGACCAAACUGGUUACAUUACACUGAAAUACAUGAUUUUGCAACUGGUCUCAAUUAUCAAUAUAAUCAGAUAACACAUCAAUGUUCUAUUCGUAAUAUAAGCAUAGGUUCAAAUGAUGCUGUGGGAGUCGAUGGGAAACCAAAUCUCAUACAAAUGGGUUCUACAGAACAUUUAUUUUUGAUGGAUGAUAUUACAUAUCAAUACACUGGUGAAAAACGAUGUCGUGAUCGUGUUUGGUGUCAUGUAUGGAUUGGUGAAAAAUCAUUACCAAACAAUACAGUUCAACAUCGAGAAUGGUAUUGGGCAUCAACUAUUAAUGGUGUAUAUUUACGAGAAUCGUUUCCUGUGAAAAUGGUUUUGAAAACUUAUGUCAAUAGUGUCCCUACAAUGCAAUUUGAAAUAGCCAUUUUCAACUAUCGCCGUGAUCCAAAUACAGCCUUCGAGAUUGACUACACGCUGGCUGAGUGCUAUCGAGCCAUGGGUCCUGAAGAAAACUUCAACCUCGGUGUUAUCUCGUUUAUUGUGGCAAAUGAUCAAGAAUAUCCAGUACAUAAGAACGUGGAUUAUUUGCGAUACACAAUUUGGCAAACAUUGACAACUGUUCUUCAAGUGCGAUCUAUUCGAAUUUCUAACAUUCUUGUCGAUCAUGUUGGCAAAGACCUUCCUGUGACAUUCACACUGUUAGAUGUACCACCUCGCUUAGGACUAGUAGAGUUCCCCUUACAAGAACCUUCACUUACUGUAGCUAUCGAACGCCUUCGUACGGUGAUAGAUGCAAAUGGCCUAGCUUUUCGAGCAAAAUACAAUACCACAGAAGUUAUUUUACGGGCACGGAUCAAUUCGCUUCAAGUCAUCUCUACAAGUUCUGGUCAAAAUGUUAAUGAAUGUAUUAAUCAAACUAUUGCUCGAAGUCAAGAUCUCAAUGAAUGUCCCGACACAACAACUGCACAAAAUCAAAAUCUUAAUCAAAACAUUGAUAUAGUAUAUAAGAGUUCGGGCCCAUUAAUUACUGGUUUCUGGAUUGGAUUCAUCAUUUUAGGCGUUUUGAUUGGCACAGUCGGUAGUUUUUUCGUUUUGAAACGUUUCUUCAAACGAUGA